UAGAAAAGAGAUGCUCAUUAAUACGCAUGCUUUGCACAGAGAGAGAUACAGCAUAAAAGUAAAGCAAUAGAGUAAUACGCUGUCAACAAACUAAGUUUUGAUCAGUUGUUUGCAAUAAUCAUGAAACUAAAGUUAUUGUUUACUUUAUAAAUAUACACAACCGAAAGUGGAGCUCUCUUCCAUUUUCUGCAUCUCCUUCUUGCAGAUUUGAGAGGCAAAGGCAGAAGAACAAAGAACAAUUUGCCUACCCCUUCAGUCUCCUCCACCAGCUGCAAAAACAGGAAUUGCCUAUAUGAUGUUCUGGUUGUGUGUUGGCAGCAAUAAUGGAGUUCCCAAGUGAUCAAACAAGGGAAAUGUCUUCUGAGCGGAAAACUGGGAGGGGGAAGAUCGAGAUCAAGCGGAUCGAAAAUACGACGAAUCGUCAGGUCACCUUUUGCAAACGCCGCAACGGCCUGCUCAAGAAAGCCUAUGAACUGUCUGUGCUUUGUGAUGCUGAGGUUGCCUUGAUUGUCUUCUCUAGCAGAGGCCGUCUCUAUGAGUAUGCAAACAACAGCAGCGUCAAAGCAACCAUUGAGAGGUACAAGAAAGCAACCUCAGAUUCCCCAAAUAGUGGCUCUGUAUCUGAAGCCAAUACUCAGUAUUACCAGCAAGAAGCUUCCAAACUGCGUGCACAAAUCAGCAAUUUGCAGAAUCAAAACAAGAACAUGUUGGGUGAGUCAUUAGGGGCUCUGACACUGAGGGAACUCAAGAAUCUGGAAACCAGGGUUGAAAGAGGAAUUAGCAAAAUCCGGUCCAAGAAGAAUGAGUUGCUAUAUGCUGAAAUUGAGUACAUGCAGAAGAGGCAGGAGAUUGACUUACAUCACAAUAAUCACUUCCUCCGAGCAAAGAUAGCAGAAACUGAGAGAGGGCAGCAGCACAUGAGUUUGAUGCCAGGAAACUCUGAGUAUCAUGAGCUUGUUCAGUCUCAACCAUUUGAUUCUCGAGACUAUCUUCAAGUCAGUGGGCUGCAAACACAUAAUGGUUAUCCCAGACAAGACCAACCACCUCUUCAGUUAGUGUAAGAGUAACUGAUUGACGAUUAGAGAAGACUGAAGAACGACCAGCAAAGAUUAGCUAGACCAAUCAUCUUGCCUCAUCAUUCAUAUAUCCUAGCUAGCUAGAGUACAGUUCUUGUUAUUAUACUAUACUAUACUAUACAUACAUAUAUAUAUAUAUGUAUGUUGUCUCAAUAACUAAGUCUUGUUAUACUGUUAAUUAAGUGAUCAUCUAUGAGUUUCUAAUAAAGUCAUAAUGUUUCAUGUCCGUGCA